UCCUUUGACCCGACGAGGACCGACUCGCUCGCCCAAAUGCGAUGGCCCGUUAAGGAUCUCGCCGGACCCAACCUUCGCUCCCGCGGCCGGGCGGCAGCAGCGCCUCCUUCCUCCUCCCCCUUCUUCUUCUUCUUCUUCUUCUUCCCUUCCUCCCCUUCGAUCCCCCGCGAUGAACGCCGGAAGCGCGGCGAAGCUCAUCGUCGAGGCGCUCCUGCAGCGCUUCCUCCCUCUCGCCCGCCGCCGCAUCGAGACCGCGCAGGCCCAGGAUGGACAAUAUCUCAGGCCGUCUGAUCCAGCUUAUGAGCAAGUAUUGGAUUCAUUAGCUAUGGUUGCACGACAUACACCUGUGCCACUCUUGGAGGCCCUUCUUCGUUGGAGAGAAAGUGAAUCUCCUAAGGGUGCAAAUGAUGCUUCUACGUACCAAAGGAAGCUUGCAGUGGAGUGCAUAUUCUGCUCUGCUUGCAUUCGCUUCGUGGAGUGUUGUCCCCAGGAAGGAAUCACAGAAAAACUAUGGUCUGGUCUUGAAAAUUUUGUGUUUGACUGGCUAAUUAAUGCAGACAGGGUUGUUAGCCAGGUUGACUACCCUUCAUUGGUUGAUCUACGAGGGCUUCUCUUAGAUCUUGUUGCGCAACUUUUAGGUGCUUUAUCUCGGAUUAGGUUCAGUUCAGUGACGGAACGAUUUUUCACGGAGCUUAAUACUCGGCGUAUCGAUACUAGUGUUGCCAGAAGUGAGACACUUAGUAUUAUCAAUGGGAUGCGCUACCUUAAAUUGGGAGUAAAGACAGAGGGUGGUUUGAAUGCAUCAGCAUCCUUUGUGGCAAAAGCUAAUCCUCUCAAUUGUACUCCUCACAAGAGAAAGAGUGAAUUAUAUCAUGCCUUAUGUAAUAUGCUUUCAAGCAUAUUGGCACCGCUUGCAGAGGGCGGAAAAAGCCAUUGGCCUCCGUUGGGAGUGGAUUCUGCACUGGCAUUAUGGUAUGAAGCAGUAGCUCGAAUUAGAGGGAAACUGAUGCAUUGGAUGGAGAAACAGAACAAGCACAUAGCAGUUGGCUUCCCAUUGGUGACCCUUCUACUCUGUCUAGGCGAUCCCCAAACGUUCAAUAUUAACUUUGGUCCUCAUAUGGAGCUUUUGUAUAAGCAUCUUAAAGACAAGAACCAUCGUUCCAUGGCUCUAGAUUGCCUGCACCGAGUUGUGAAAUUUUAUUUAAAUGUUUAUGCAGAUUACCAACCUAAAAAUCAUGUAUGGGAUUAUUUGUACAGUGUAACGUCACAGUUGUUGACUGUCCUAAAGAAAGGUCUGCUAACUCAAGAUGUUCAGCAUGAUAAGCUUGUCGAGUUCUGUGUGACUUUGGCUGAGAGCAACUUAGAUUUCACCAUGAAUCAUAUGAUUUUGGAACUGUUGAAACCUGAUAGUUCGAGUGAAGCAAAGGUUAUUGGUCUUAGGGCUUUGCUUGCCAUUGUCAUGUCUCCUUCAAAUCAACGGUUUGGCUUGGAAGUUUUUCAUGUCCAUGGAGUUGGCCAUUAUGUUCCGAAAGUGAAAUCUGCAAUUGAGUCUAUCCUAAGGUUAUGUAAUAAAGCCUAUAGCCAAGCUCUUCUAACUUCACCAAAGUCGUCCAUAGAUGCUGUAAUGAAGGAAAAAUCUCAAGCAUCUCUCUUCAGGUCAGUGCUGAAGUGCAUACCAUAUUUGAUCGAAGAAGUUGGCCGCAGUGAUAAAAUAACUGAAAUCAUUCCACAGCAUGGCAUAAGUUUUGAUCCUGGUGUCCGUGAAGAAGCUGUGCAAGUAAUGAACCGCAUCGUGCGGCAUCUUCCUCAUCGUCGUUAUGCUGUGGUGAGAGGGAUGGCUAACUUUAUACUGAAACUUCCUGAUGAGUUCCCUCUUAUAAUCCAAACUUCACUGGGCCGCCUAGUGGAACUUAUGCGCUUGUGGAGGGCUUGCUUGUCUGAUGAAUUGUCAAUGAAUGAUGCUCAAACCAUCAAGAGAUCAAGUCUUGGAGGUGAUAAAGUGAACAGUUCUCCGUUUCUUCAGUCAGCAGAUUUGUCUGAGUUCCAAACAACAGAAGUGGAUGCGCUUGGUCUUAUUUUUCUCAGUUCAGUGGAUGUUCAGAUAAGACAUACUGCACUAGAAUUACUUCGGUCUGUUCGUGCUUUAAGAAAUGACAUCAGAGACUUCUCAGCAAACGAACGGGCUGAUCAUAGGUUACAUGAGGCAGAACCAAUUUUUGUCAUUGACGUAUUGGAAGAAAAUGGGGAUGAUAUCGUUCAGAGUUGCUAUUGGGAUUCCGGUCGUCCUUUUGAUUUGAGGAGGGAAUUUGAUCCGGUUCCUCCUGACAUAACACUUCAAUCAAUUCUUGAAAACUCUGACAAAAACAGAUGGACCCACUGUCUUAAUGAGCUUGUUAAAUUUGCUGCUGAACUUUGCCCAGCUUCUGUUCAGGAAGCAAGGCUGGAGGUUAUGCGUAGACUUGCACUUAUUACACCUGUUGAAUUAGGUGGGAAGGCUUCUCAGUCCCAAGAUGCAGAAAACAAAUUAGACCAGUGGCUAAUGUAUGCGAUAUUUGCAUGCUCUUGUCCACCUGAUAACAGAGAAGAUGGUGGCUUCACAGCAGCUAAGGAACUUUUUCAUUUGAUAUUACCAUCACUUAGACAUGGAUCUGAAACACAUGCUCAUGGAGCUGUAGCUGCUCUUGGUCACUCAAACUUGGAAGUAUGUGAAACUAUGUUUGGCAAGCUUGCAACUUUUGUUGAAGAAGUUUCAUCAGAAGCAGAAGGGAAGCCAAAAUGGAAGAAUCAGAAGUCUCGCCGUGAAGAUUUUCGCAUACACAUUGCAAAUAUUUAUCGUACAAUUGCUGAGAAAGUUUGGCCAGGGAUGCUUAGCCGAAAACCUGUUCUGAGACUUCAUUUUCUGAGAUUCAUUGAGGAAACAUACCGCCAUACUAGCACAUCAUCCUCUGAUAGCUUCCACGAAUUGCAGCCUCUUCGUUAUGCAUUAGCUUCUGUUUUAAGAUAUUUAGCUCCAGAGUUUGUGGAGUCAAAGUCUGAGAAGUUUGAUAUCAGAACUCGAAAGAAACUUUUUGAUCUCCUUAUUUCUUGGUGUGAUGAUACAGGCAGCACAUGGUCACAGGAAAGCAGUAGUGAUUAUCGUAGAGAAGUUGAGCGUUACAAGGUAGGACAGCAUAACCGAUCAAGGGAAUCUAUAGACAAAAUUACCUUUGAUAAGGAUGUUGUUGAACAAGUGGAGGCAGUACAGUGGGCCUCCAUGAAUGCCAUUUCCUCUCUUUUAUAUGGACCUUCUUUUGAUGAUAAUGCCAGAAAGAUGACUGGUCGGGUCAUAUCUUGGAUUAACAACUUGUUUGUGGAACCAGCUCAUAGGGCACCAUUUGGGUAUUCUCCUGUGGAUCCACGAACUCCAUCGUAUUCAAAAUAUAUAGGAGAUGGAGGACGUUCAAAUGCAGGACGGGAUAAACAUAAAGUUGGACAUUUUCGGGUUCUUCUAGCGAAAACUGCCUUGAAAAAUCUUUUGCAGACAAAUCUGGAACUCUUUCCUGCUUGCAUUGACCAGUGCUACUCUCCAGAUUCUUCAAUAGCAGAUGGUUACUUCAGUGUACUAGCUGAAGUCUACAUGCGUGAAGAAAUUCCAAAGUGUGAGAUCCAGAGACUACUAAGUUUAAUCCUCUAUAAGGUAGUUGAUCAAUCCAGACAAAUUCGGGACAAUGCCCUCCAAAUGUUGGAGACCCUCUCUGCCCGUGAGUGGGCCGAGGAUGAUACUGAGGGUACAGGGCAUUACCAGGCAUCUGUGGUUGGUAACCUUCCAGACUCUUAUCAGCAAUUCCAAUACAAGCUCUCCUCAAAACUUGCUAAAGACCAUCCUGAACUGAGUGAGCUCCUUUGUGAGGAAAUCAUGCAGCGGCAGCUUGAUGCAGUGGACAUAAUUGCACAGCAUCAGGUUCUAACAUGCAUGGCCCCUUGGAUUGAAAAUCUUAACUUUUUGAAGCUUUGGAAUUCUGGCUGGAGUGAAAGAUUGCUGAAAAGCCUUUACUAUGUGACAUGGAAACAUGGAGAUCAAUUUCCUGAUGAGAUAGAGAAGCUCUGGAGUACUGUUGCUAGCAAUAACCGAAAUAUUAUUCCAGUUCUUGAUUUUUUGAUCACCAAAGGGAUUGAAGACUGUGAUUCUAAUACAUCAAUAGAGAUAACCGGAGCAUUUGCUACAUACUUUUCUGUAGCGAAACGUGUGAGUUUAUAUCUUGCACGCAUUUGCCCACAACAGACAAUUGAUCACUUGGUCUGUGAGUUAUCACAGAGAAUGCUGGAGGAGAUUGAGGAACCUGUUAGGCCAAGCAAGGUUGAUCCUUUGGCAAAUUUUAUCUUAGAGUUUUCUCAAGGGCCCACAACUGCUCAAGUCGCAACUGUUGCCGACAGCCAACCUCACAUGUCUCCUUUGCUUGUUCGUGGCUCCCUUGAUGGCCCACUUAGAAAUGCUAGUGGGAACCUGAGCUGGCGGACUUCCGGAAUUACAGGCCACAGUAUCUCAGGCCCUCUGAGCCCAAUGCACCCUGAUGGUAACAUGGUUGCUCCUACCACUGGCCGGUCUGGGCAACUCCUUCCAUCACUUAUGAACAUACCAGGGAUGAGCAUGUCGGGACCGUUGAUGAAUAUUCGAAGUUCAACUGGCAACUUAAGAAGCCGCCAUGUGUCUCGUGACAGUGGAGAUUGCCCAAUUGAUACGCCUAAUUCAACUGAGGAUAUUUUGCAUCCUGCAAGCAGUGUGAUUCAAGGGAUCAGUGCCAGUGAGCUCCAAUCUGCUUUGCAAGGACAUCAACAACACUUACUUUCCCGUGCAGAUAUAGCACUGAUUCUACUUGCAGAAAUUGCUUAUGAAAAUGAUGAGGAUUUUCGUGAACACUUGCCCUUGCUCUUUCAUGUUACUUGUGUUUCCAUGGAUAGCUCAGAAGACAUUGUGCUCCUGCAUUCACAGCAUCUGCUUGUUAAUUUACUUUAUUCACUUGCUGGUCGGCAUCUGGAGUUGUAUGAGGUUGAGAGUAGUGAUGGGGAGAAUAAGCAGAAGGUGUUUAGCUUAAUAAAGUACAUUCAGUCAAAGCGUGGCAGUUUAAUGUGGGAUAAUGAGGACCCAACUCUUGUGAGAACCGAACUCCCUAGUACUGCACUACUUUCAGCACUUGUACUGAGCAUGGUGGAUGCCAUCUUUUUUCAAGGGGAUCUACGGGAAACAUGGGGUGCAGAAGCUCUCAAGUGGGCAACAGAAUGCACAUCCAGACACCUUGCAUGCCGCUCGCAUCAGAUAUACAGGGCACUGCACCCUAGUGUAAAAAGCGAGAACUGUAUGUUACUCCUCCGUUGCCUUUACAGGUGCUUGGGAAAUCCUGUGCCAGCAGUUCUUGGCUUUGCGAUGGAGAUUCUCUUGACAUUGCAAGUGAUGGUAGAGAACAUGGAGCCUGAGAAGGUAAUUCUUUACCCGCAGCUUUUCUGGGGUUGUGUUGCAAUGAUGCACACAGACUUUGUGUACAUCUACGGCCAGGUGCUUGAGCUCUUUUCCCGAGUGAUUGAUCGGCUGUCCUUCCAGGACCGAACAACCGAAAAUGUGUUAUUAUCCAGCAUGCCACGUGAUGAGUUUGACACAUACAGCUGUGAUGCAGCAGAGCUUCGUAGAGAAGAAUCACGGUCUGGCAUGGAACCAUUGCCCCCAGAGAGUCAAAAGGUGCCGGCAUUUGAAGGUGUGCAGCCUCUUGUUCUGAAGGGACUAAUGUCCACUGUUAGUCAUGGUUCUGCGAUCGAGGUGUUAUCUCGAAUGACAGUUCCUUACUGUGACUCUAUAUUUGGGAACCCGGAUACACGACUUUUGAUGCAUAUCACAGGUCUACUGCCCUGGCUUGCCUUGCAGCUAAUGAAGGAUUCAGUUUCCACAGACUCGGUAUCACCUCUCGAACAUCAGUACCAGAAGGCUUGCUCUGUUGCUACCAACAUUGGCCUCUGGUGCCGUGCGAAAGCUUUAGAUGAUCUAGCAGAAGUGUUUGUAGCAUAUUCGCGUGGUGAGAUAACAUCCGGUGAUGACCUCUUUACUCGUGUGUCUCCACCAAUUUGCUCUGCGUGGUUCCCUAAAUACUCAUCUUUAGCAUUUGGUCAUUUGCUGAGGUUGCUCGAGAAGGGUCCGGUGGCUUAUCAGCGGGUGGUAUUGCUAAUGCUUAAAGCAUUAUUGCAGCAAGCUCCCAUGGAUGCCGCCCAGAGUCCCCAUGUUUAUGCAGUCGUCUCACAACUUGUGGAGAGCACAUUAUGUUGGGAGGCCCUUGGUGUUCUGGAAGCACUGUUGCAGAGUUGCAGCACUGUCGCUGGUGGACACAUGGACGAUCUGUUGUCAAAUGAAAAUGGGCAUGGUGCAGGUGAGAGGUUUUUGCAAGGUAUGUUGGCACCUCAGAGCUCAUUCAAGGCCCGAAGCGGACCUCUGCAAUAUUUAGCUGGAUCUGCAUUUGGAGCUGGACUCGCAGCUCAGGGUGCUGGGAGCACAACAGAUGGUGGUUUGUCAGCAAGAGAAGUGGCACGUCAGAAUACCCGUCUGCUUCUUGGUCGUGUACUUGAUACUUGCGCUCUCGGAAAGAAGAGGGACUUCAAGCGACUUGUGCCCUUUGUUGCCAGCUUCGGUGCAUGAAGCACGUGAUGUGGGAAGUCUUGUGCAACAAUUGCAUAUGCUGGUAUACCGGAUAUACUUCAUCGACGAGGGAUGAUGCUGAUGCUGAAUGAUCGUUUCAUGGUAUGUUCUUAUUGUCGUUGUAGUGACUACCCGUGGAAUGGGAUUAGGAGCAAAAAGCUCCUGAACCGAUGGAAGUUCUCCGCACAAUUCAUGGCUCAAGAUCCUAAAUUAGCCGCUUUCUCUCGGUGUGCUAUUGUGGUGUUAGAUCCAAAUUAGUUGUAAGUCUGGCAAUCUUGAAUGUAUCAGGGAUGUUAUCUUGACCCAGAUGUCUUUAUGGCGUUUCCUUUUGUAGGUUGCUGAAUCCAUGCCAUCGUCAAGUUAAUUGGGUAUGUAAGGUUGCUGUUCUUAUAAGCUAUAGUUGUGUUAGUACCUCAGCAUGGUUAAGCAAGGAACCCAAGUGACAACCUUUUGUAGAAAUGUUUCCCCAUUAAAGAUAUUAUCAUCCAAUUGUAAUGUUCAUGUCCAAAGAUUGUCUUCUCUUAGUACCCCAAAUUAAAUGCAUUGCAUAUUCUCUUGAAAU